UAAACAUGUAUAUACUGUACUCAUUUAUGUAAUAUGAAAUAAUUAUGUAAAUAUAAGUUAGUAUCGGACGAUAACUAAAUAAAUAAUGAAAAACAUUAUUAUUAUUAUAUUAGUUUGUUUUAUAUUAGUUAUACAAAUUAGACAAAUCAUUAGCAUAUGCGAUACAUUUCGCAAUACAGAGUUUACAUACGUUGGAUCAGAUUGUGGCCGUAUGUGCGGUGAUCUUCAGAAAAAGUAUGACAUAAAUCAGUUGAUUCACGCAAAUCCAUUUUGCGAAGAAGCCCACUCCUCUAUUGGAUGCUUCUGUAUUAAAGGCUAUUAUCGUAACUGGGCUUUUGAUUGUGUCCGACCCCAUGAAUGCCAUAAUAAGGCUAAAUCAGACAAAAAUGAUCCGAAAAAGAAUUGCGACAAAGAAAAUGAAAGAUACCAGAAAUGUGGUAAUCAUUGUACAGAAAUGUGCAAAAAUAUUGGCAAAACUCAUAAAUGCAAACAAACUUGUAAGCAUGGUUGUUUUUGUGAGAAGGAUUAUUAUAGGAAUAGUAAAGGAAAUUGUGUUCUUAAAUAUGAGUGUCGAGAGGAUAGUAAUGUCAACACUAAACCCAAUCGUAAACCAAAUAAAGAUAAACAUAAUAAAAAUAAACCGAAUAAAGAUAAUGAAAGUAAUGAAAGUAAUGAAAGUAAUGAAAGUAAUGAUGAACCAAAUGACAGCACCAAAGAUCCAAAUGACAGCACCAAAGAUCCAAAUGACAGCACCAAAGAUCCAAAUAACAGCACCAAAGACCCUAAUGACAGCACCAAAGACCCAAACGAGAGCAGUAAAGAUCCAGAUGACACCACUAAAGACCCAAAUGACAGCACCAAAGACCCGAAUGAUAGCACCAAAGACCCGAAUGAUAGCACCAAAGACCCAAAUGACAGCACCAAAGACCCGAAUGAUAGCACCAAAGACCCAAAUGACAGCACCAAAGACCCGAAUGAUAGCACCAAAGACCCAAAUGACAGCACCAAAGACCCGAAUGAUAGCACCAAAGACCCAAAUGUUAGUACUGAUGAUCCGAAUGGAGGUACUGAUGAUCCGGGCAAAGAGUCAACGACAGAACCAACAGCUAAUUCAAAAAAAUGUGGACUCAAUGAACACUACGAUCGUUGUGGAUCUCAUUGUCGUAAAUCGUGUCAACAAUUUGCCGAUAAUUCAACAAAAACCAAGUCAUGUCCGGCUUCUGAAUGCAAACCCGGCUGUUAUUGCGACGAUGGACUCUACAAGAAUAGUGACGGUAUUUGUUUACCGAAAGAUCAGUGCAUUUGUCCCAAUUUGAAGCCUAAAAAAUGUAAGAAUCCUAACGAACGAUAUUUUUUCUGUUAUAAUGAGUGCGGCAGACGGUGUCCGUCAGCUUCAGACAAAUCAAACACCAAAUGUAAUGACAAGUGUUCGCGCGGUUGUCUCUGUGCCGAUGAGUUCUUUAGGGAUGACAACGGAGAAUGUGUUAAACCAGAAGAUUGUGGUCAAAGCGUAUACAAGAAGUGUUUUAAGAAAAAUGAAAUAUAUCACAAAUGCGGUUCAGACUGUGGACAUCGGUGUUUGGAUCUAAUUAAAGACAGUAAAAUCAAGUGUAAUGCCAAUGAAUGCCAGUCCGGAUGCUUCUGUAAAAAGGAUUAUUAUCGCAACACAAAAGGAGACUGUGUUCGCAAACACAACUGUGACUUCAGACUCAUUGGUAUGACUAAGAGUAGAUCUGAAUGCGAUACUGAAAGUGAAGAAUAUACCCAAUGCGGUAAUUUUUGCGAUGAAAAUUGUCCCAAAAUUAAGAUAUUUGGUCGACAAGAUGGCUGUCCUUACACUUGCAAUAAGGGAUGUGUGUGUCGUAAGGGUUAUAAGAGAACUACAGAAGGAAAGUGUGUUAAAGAGAGUAUGUGUUACGACAAAAGUGUUUGCACCUUAAAUGAGGUGUACUCUGAGUGUAGCAGCAACUGUGGCCGUCGGUGUAAUGAUCUGAUUCCCGGCAAAAAUAUCAGAUGUCCUCUGGUAUGUGAGUCCGGCUGUUUCUGUGAAAAGAGUUUGUAUAGAUUGAAAAACAACACAUGCGUUACCAGAAACAAGUGCGACACCGAUCCCAUUGAUUGUCACGAUAACGAAGAGUACAAGACAUGCGGUUCGCAGUGCGGCGAGACGUGCGAAGACCUCAAGAAUCCCGUCACGUGUCCCGAAGUAUGCGAAAAAGGGUGCUUUUGUUUGGAAAGUUUUUACAGAGAUUUAAGUGGAAUGUGUGUCAAGAAAGAAGAAUGUGAACUCCAGUCCACAACAACACCGGCGCCCAUAUGUGGACCAAAUGAAGACUAUAAAGAAUGCGGUAAUAAAUGCCAGGAAUCGUGUGAAGACAGAACUGACUGUAAAAAUGAUUGCGAAACGGGAUGUUUCUGCAAACCAGAUUUUUUGAGGAACCGUUUGGGCAAUUGUGUGGAAAAUACGAAAUGUAAUGAUGCUCUACAAUGCAUUGAAUGUCCUGAAAAUGAAUACUAUACUCACUGUGGCGAUGAUUGCGGACAGUUAUGCACAGACAUAGACAAAUCACGUGACUGUGGCGCCUGUAGGCACGGGUGCUUCUGUAAGUUUGGAUAUCUAAGGGAUCAGUUCGGCAAAUGUGUUACCAGAAAUCGGUGUUUUGAACAAACUCGCAAAACUAAUAAAACAUUUAUUAGACAUUCAAUAUAAUAAAUUAA